AUGGAACGCCUGCCGACAGCUCAGCGAUUGGGCAACGCUGCCGGCUCUUUUGAUGGCAGGCAUGAAUUCCCAGAGCCGCCUAGAGCGCACAAGAAGGCAGGUAAGAGAGAGGAGGCUCUGAACUCUACUGGAGGUCGUGUACGCGCAGACGCAGACGCAAACGAAUUCCGUAAUCGAUACUAUCGUUCUCGAGAUGUGGCCUCUCAACCGCAGGGCGCAUCUCCUUCAAGCAGGGGCAAGCCGAAAGCCGCGCCUGCCAGUACACACAAUGGCAACAAUUCGAACGAGACUAUUGGGUGCGCCGCAAGUGGAAAAAUUGUUGCGGUGAUCGGCUCAACGGGUACCGGCAAAUCUCAGCUUGCAGUAGAAUUAGCGCGGGAAGUUGCCUUCCGCGCCGAUGUCGAGCAAGGAGGCCGUGCAGCGGGAGCCGAAGUCAUCUCUUCAGACAGCAUGCAAAUAUACCGCGGCCUGGACGUCAUAACGAAUAAGGCCACGUUGGACGAAAUGGCAGGAGUCAAGCAUCACCUCAUGAAUUUCCUUGAACCCGGCCAACAAUAUACGAUCGGCGAAUUUGUGAAGGAGGCGAAUGCAAUUAUACAAGAUCUGAACAAACGAAAUAAGAUUGCGAUCGUGGCAGGUGGCACGACAUACUAUGUGCAGCACCUGCUUUUCCCGGGUCGUCUCGUCUCCCUUCAAAGGGAAAGCGACGAUUGGCGAGCAGUGGAGGAUGAACGACCAAUUGCAUUAUCGCACACUGCCCAAAGUGACCUCGACGAGAUCCUUGCAAAGCUGGACGAGGGUCAACGACGAGUGUGGGAUGCAUUGGCAGCAGUAAAACCUGGUGGUCGCUUGCCACCUUACCCUCGCGUAGCGUUCUGGCAGUUGCUGGAUGCCUUGGAUCCAGACAUGGCGCGAAGAUGGCACUGGAACGAUCAUCGCAAAGUAUCGAGGUCUCUACGAGUGUUGAUGGAAACGGGCAAGCGACACAGCGAAUGGAUCCGUGAUCAAGAGAAACCGAGUGCGGCAGCAAAAAGUCGCAAGCUCAUACUUUGGGUAUGGAGUGAACCCGGAGGGCUCAAGGAGCGUCUUGCAAAACGCGUAGACAAGAUGGUCGAGCGUGGCCUACUUGAUGAGAUACAGAGCCUGAGACGCAUCGCCGCUGUGCAAUCGGCACAAGCCGGGGCAACACCAAUGGAUUUCGACUACACUUGCGGUAUAUACCAAGCCAUCGGCUACAAAGAAUUUGCCGACUAUCUAUCGCACUGCGAGAGUGGUUCGUCGAAGGACAAAGAAGCCGAACGCCUUUUUGCCCACGCUAUCGAGAAGAUGCAGAUAGGUACUCGACAGUACGCCAAGAGUCAGACGGCCUGGAUUCGCAACAAGCUGGCUCCUGAGCUACAGAAAGCUAGGAUUGCUCAUCAAAAGCUACAGCAAGCAAAGGGAAGCGCUGAGCCGUGCGACGUGGAGCUCUAUCUGCUCGACGCUUCGGACUUGUCUCGAUGGAAGGAGAGUGUGCGAGAUCCGGCUAUAGAGCUGGUCAAUGCGUUUCUUCGAGACGAGAAGCUGCCGGAACCGAGCAGUCUCAGUAGUGCGGCAGCGACGCAACUGCCACCACUAGAAGUCUCGCCCUCAGGAUCUUCGGCCGCCUCGGCUCGUGUCCACAAAAAUCCCAUGGACCGCAACGAGCUUCGGGAGUGUUCGGUGUGUACCGUUGAUUUGUCCGCACCCCGCAAGUUCAGGGUGGAAGAGUGGACGAAACAUUUGGGAUCUAAACAGCAUAGGUCCAAUCUGAAGAGGUUGAAGAUGGAGGCUGGAUUGGGCAAUGUGGAAGGUCAUCUGAUGGACGAGGCUGCUUUGGUCAAGAGGGAAGAGCGACGCUUGCGGAAGGAGCAGGAGAAAGAGGCUGCUGCUGCUGCUGCCGCUGAAAAUGCUUGA